UGCUGGGUCCCGGGCGAACAUGGCGGCCUCCGAGUCAGCGCCGGCUGUGAUUCCAGGCGCUGCGGAGGGCGAGGAGGAGACAAUUCUCUAUGACUUGUUGGUCAACACCGAGUGGCCCCCGGAGACAGAAGUACAGCCUAGAGGCAACCGAAAACAUGGUGCGUCCUUUAUCAUCACAAAAGCAAUUAAAGAUCGUUUAUUAUUUUUACGCCAAUACUUCUGGUACAGCCCUGCACCUUUUUUGCUCCCUGAUGGACUGAUUCGCUUGGUUAAUAAACAGAUAAACUGGCAUUUGGUACUUGCAAGCAAUGGAAAACUUUUGGCUGCUGUUCAAGAUCAGUGUGUGGAGAUCAGGUCUGCAAAAGAUGAAUUUACAUCUAUUAUUGGGAAAUGUCAAGUUCCAAAAGACCCAAAACCCCAGUGGAGGCGUGUCGCGUGGAGUUAUGAUUGUACCCUGCUGGCCUAUGCUGAAAGCACAGGAACUGUGAGGGUGUUUGAUCUCAUGGGAAGUGAACUCUUUGUUAUUACCCCGGCGUCUAGUUUAGCAGGUGAUUUGAGCUGUGCCAUUGCUGGGUUGAUAUUUUUAGAGUAUAAAGCAAGUGCGCAGUGGUCUGCAGAACUCUUGGUUAUCAAUUACCGAGGAGAACUUAGAAGUUACCUUGUAAGUGUUGGAACAAAUCAGAGCUAUCAAGAGAGUCACUGUUUCAGCUUCAGUAGUCAUUAUCCUCAUGGAAUCAACACAGCUAUUUACCAUCCUGGUCACAGACUUUUACUGGUUGGUGGAUGUGAAACUGCUGAAGUAGGCGUAUCGAAAGCUUCUAGCUCUGGCCUUUCCUCCUGGAGAGUUCUUUCAGGAUCACCGUAUUAUAGGCAGGUUACUAAUGGUGGAGACAGGGUCACUGCGGUACCAAAGACACUGGGAUUAUUAAGGAUGUUAAGUGUCAAGUUUUAUAGUCGUCAGGGAGAAGAACAGGAUGGGAUCUUUAAGAUGAGCCUUUCUCCAGAUGGGACCCUCCUUGCAGCCAUUCACUUCUCGGGGAAACUGAGCAUCUGGGCCAUUCCAUCUCUGAAACAGCAAGGGGAAUGGAGUCAAGAUGAGCAGCCAGGCUAUGAUGACCUUAAUCCUGAUUGGAGACUCUCUACGGAGAAGAGAAAAAAAAUCAAAGAUAAAGAGGCCUUUUACCCGCUGAUAGAUGUCAAUUGGUGGGCAGGCACUGCAGUGACUUUGGCUCGCUGCUCUGGUGCUUUGACUGUUUCAUCAGUGAAAACUUUGAAGAAUUUACUGGGAAAAUCUUGUGAAUGGUUUGAACCGUCACCUCAAGUCACUGCUACCCAUGAUGGGGGAUUUUUAAGUUUGGAGUGUGAGAUUAAACUUGCCCCCAAACGAUCUCGUCUGGAGACUAGGGGUGGAGAAGAAGAUGAAGGGGAAGAGGAUUCGGACUCUGAUCAGGAAGUAUCUGCCAAAGCUCGCUACUUUGGUUACAUAAAACAGGGCCUGUACUUAGUGACUGAGAUGGAGCGGUUUGCACCACUCCGGAAACGCCCACGAACCAUCACCAAAAACUACCGCCUUGUGAGUUUGCGCUCCACAACUCCAGAGGAGCUUUAUCAGAGGAAGAUUGAAAGUGAAGAGUACGAGGAAGCCUUGUCUCUGGCUCAGACCUAUGGCCUGGAUACUGAUCUCGUGUAUCAGAGGCAGUGGAGGAAGUCAGUGGUCAACAUUGCUUCAAUUCAGAAUUACUUGAGUAAAAUAAAGAAACGAUCCUGGGUUCUUCAUGAGUGUUUGGAAAGAGUUCCUGAAAAUGUGGAUGCUGCAAAAGAACUGCUUCAAUAUGGAUUAAAAGGCACAGACCUGGAGGCUCUUUUAGCAAUAGGGAAAGGAGCAGAUGACGGCAGAUUUACAUUACCUGGUGAAAUAGACAUUGAUGGUAUCUGCUAUGAGGAGCUUUCAUCACCUAAAGAAGAGCCUGCCAAGAAGAAAAAGGAGAAGGAGCUCAAGAAGAGACGAGAACUACUUAAAUUAGUGAACUUUUCAAAGUUAACACUGGAGCAAAAGGAACUUUGCCGUUGUAGAUUGAAAUUAUUAACCUACUUAGAUCGACUUGCAACAUAUGAGGAAAUCCUAGGAGUGCCUCAUGCAUCUGAACAGAGAUAUGAUGCUGAAUUCUUUAAGAAGUUCAGAAAUCAGAAUAUUGUUCUCUCAGCAAGAACUUAUGCUCGGGAAAGUAAUGUACAAGCCCUAGAAAUUCUGUUUACUUAUCAUGGAUCCGACCUGCUUCCUCAUCGCCUUGCGAUUCUCUCCAACUUUCCAGAGACCACUUCUCCACACGAAUAUUCUAUUUUGCUGCCUGAAGCUUGUUAUAAAGGUGACUCCUUGAUGGUCAUUCCUUGGCAUGAACGUCAACACCGAGAGAAAGAUUGGUGUGAGGAGUUGGAGUGCAGAAUGGUGGUUGAACCAAGUCUCCAGGAUGAAAGUGAAUUCUUGUAUGCUGCCCAGCCUGAGUUACUGAGGUACAGAACAAGCCAGCUUACAGUAGAGAAGGCUGUGGACUGGUAUCAGACCAGAGCAGAGGAAAUAGAGCAUUAUGCCCGACAGAUUGACUGUGCAUUGUCACUUAUUCGACUUGGAAUGGAGCGGAACAUUCCUGGUUUGCUGGUUCUAUGUGAUAAUCUGGUUACUCUGGAAGCAUUGGUUUAUGAAGCCGGCUGUGAUUUAACUCUAACCUUGAAAGAACUUCAGCAGAUGAAAGACAUUGAAAAACUAAGAUUACUGAUGAAUAGUUGUUCUGAGGACAAGUAUGUGACAAGUGCUUACCAAUGGAUGGUUCCCUUUCUUCAUCGAUGUGAGAAACAGUCUCCUGGUGUGGCUAAUGAACUAUUAAAAGAAUAUUUAGUGACUUUGGCUAAGGGAGACUUAAAAUUUCCCCUGAAGAUAUUUCAGCAUUCCAAACCAGAUCUGCAGCAAAAAAUUAUUCCUGAUCAGGACCAACUGAUGGCAGUAGCACUAGAGUGCAUCUAUACCUGUGAGCGAACUGACCAGCUCUCUCUUUGCUAUGACAUAUUAGAAUGUCUGCCACAAAGAGGAUACGGUCAUAAGACAGAGGUAACCACAGCUCUUCAUGACAUGGUAGACCAACUGGAACAAAUUCUCAGUGUGUCAGAGCUUUUGGAGAAACAUGGACUUGAGAAACCGAUUUCAUUCGUUAAAAACACUCAGUCUAGCUCAGAAGAGGCACGCAAGCUGAUGGUUAGAUUGACUAGGCACACCGGUCGGAAGCAGCCUCCUGUCAGUGAGUCUCAUUGGAGAAUGUUGCUGCAGGACAUGUUAACUAUGCAGCAGAAUGUUUACACAUGUCUAGAUUCUGAUGCUUGCUAUGAGAUAUUUGCAGAAAGCCUUCUGUGUUCCAGUCGCCUUGAAAAUAUCCACCUGGCUGGGCAGAUGAUGCACUGCAGUGCUUGUUCAAUAAAUCCACCAGCUAGUGUAGCCCAUAAAGGGAAAACCCAGUACAGGGUCAGUUACAAAAAAAGUAUUGACUUGGUUUUGGCUGCCAGCAGAGAGUACUUCAAUUCUUCCACCAGCCUCACUGAUAGCUGCAUGGAUCUGGCCAGGUGCUGUUUACAGCUGAUAACAGAUAGACCCAGUGCCAUUCAAGAGGAGCUAGAUCUUAUCCAAGCCCUUGGAUGUCUUGAGGAGUUUGGGGUAAAGAUCCUGCCUUUGCAAGUGAGACUGUGCUCUGAUCGGAUCGGCCUCAUCAAGGAGUGUAUUUGCCAGUCGCCCACAUGCUACAAACAAUCCUCCAAGCUUCUGGGCCUUGCUGAGUUGUUGAGAGUAGCAGGUGAAGACCCAGAAGAAAGGCGUGGACAGGUUCUAAUCCUUCUAGUAGAGCAAGCGCUUCGUUUCCAUGACUACAAGGCAGCGAAUGUGCAUUGCCAGGAGCUGAUGGCCACAGGUUAUUCUAAAAGUUGGGAUGUUUGUAGCCAGUUGGGACAAUCAGAAGGUUACCAGGACUUGGCCACUCGGCAAGAGCUCAUGGCUUUUGCUUUGACACAUUGCCCUCCUAGCAGCAUCGAACUUCUUUUGGCAGCCAGCAGCUCUCUGCAGACAGAAAUUCUUUAUAAAAAUACAUAUAUUUUAGAGCACAUUUUUAUGCCCGGUAUAUACUUUGUAAUGUCCUGGAACACAGCAAGCAUUCGAGACUUGGAUGAAGUAAGCGUUCCGGGCAGCACCUCAGCUGACCUAUUCCACUGGACCACAGCUACCACCAUGAAAGUGCUUUCCAACCCCACGACCACCACCAAGGCUGUGCUGCAGGCUGUCAGUGAUGGGCAGUGGUGGAAGAAGUCUUUAACUUACCUUCGACCCCUUCAAGGGCAAGAAUUUGGUGGUGCUUAUCGAAUCGGAACCAUAGCCAAUGAAGGUCUAGAGAAACAAGGCUGUCAUCCUUUUUAUGAAUCUGUCAUCUCCAAUCCCUUUGUCACAGAGUCUGAAGUUACCUAUGACACCUGUCAGCUUGUCCCAGUAGAAAGCUUUGCAGAAGUACUUCUGAGAACUGGAAAACUGGCAGAGACUAAAACUGAAGGAGAAGAAGUAUUUCCAACAACAGAAGUUCUCUUGCAGCUGGCAAGUGAUGCUUUACCAAAUGACAUGACCCUGGCUCUCGCUUAUCUCCUUGCCUUACCACAGAUGUUAGAUGCAAACAAGUGCUUUGAAAAGCAGUCCCACUCUGCUUUAUCUCUCCAGCUGGCAGCAUAUUACUAUAGCCUACAGAUCUAUGCCCGAUUGACUCCAUGUUUCAGGGACAAGUGCCAUCCUCUAUACAGGGCUGAUCCUAAAGAGCUAAUCAAGAUGGUCACCAGGCACGUGACUCGAUGCGGACGUGAAGCCUGGCCCGAGGAUCUUGCUUCCCUGACUAAGCAGCUGCACCACUACAACGAGCGUCUGCUGGACUUCACUCAGGCUCACAUCCUUCAGGGCCUGCGGAAGGGGGUGGAUGUGCAGCGGUUUACUGCAGACGACCAGUAUAAAAGGGAAACUAUCCUUGGUCUGGCAGAAACACUUGAGGAAAACGUCUACAGUAUUGCUCUUUCUCUGGCACAGCGUUACAGUGUCUCCCGUUGGGAAGUUUUUAUGACCCAUUUGGAGUUCCUAUUCACUGACAGCGGUUUAUCCACAGUAGAAAUUGAAAAUCGAGCCCAAGCCCUUCAUCUCUUUGAGACUUUGAAGACUGAUCCUGAAGCCUUUCACGAGCGUAUGGUCAAGUAUAUCUACCCCACUCUUGGUGGCUUUGACCAUGGAAGGCUGCUGUAUUAUUUCACUCUUCUAGAAAACUGUGGCUACGCAGAUUUUGGGAAAUAUGCCAUUAAACCAGAAACCCAUAUUCGGCUGCUGAAGAAAUUUAAGAUAGUUGCAUCAGGUCUUAAUUACAAAAAGCUAACAGAUGAAAAUAUAAAUCCUCUUGAAGCAUUGGAGCCAGUUCUUUCAAGUCAAAAUAUCUUAUCUAUUUCCAAACUUGUUCCCAAAAUCCCUGAAAGGGAUGGACGGAUGCUUUCCCCAAGCUCUCUGUACACCAUCUGGUUACAAAAGUUGUUCUGGAAUGGAGACCCUCACCUUAUUAAACAAGUCCCGGCGUCCUCUCCAGAGUGGCUUCAUGCCUAUGAUGUCUGCAUGAAGUACUUUGAUCGCCUCCACCCGGGUGACCUCAUCACUGUGGUGGAUGCAGUUACAUUUUCUCCAAAAGCUGUGACCAAGCUAUCUGUGGAAGCACGUAAAGAGAUGACUAGAAAGGCUAUUAAGACAGUCAAACAUUUUAUUGAGAAGCCAAGGAAAAGAAAUUCGAAAGAAGACAUUCAAGAAGCUAGUGAUUCUAAAAUGACCUAUGUAGAUACCUUGAAUCACCUGGAGAAAUCACUUGCUCACCUGGAAACCCUCAACCAUAGCUUCAUCCUUUCUCUGAAGAAUAGCGAACAGGAAAUGCUGCAGAAAUAUAGUAACCUCUAUGAUCUGUCCCGAUCAGAAAAAGGGAAAAUUCAUGAUCAAGCUGUGGCCAUGUGUUUAGAUGGUCAGCCUCUAAGAAUGAUUCAGCAGCUGCUAGAGGUGGCUCUGGGCCCUCUUGACAUCUCGCCCAAGGAUAUAGUACAGAGUGCAAUAAUGAAAAUAAUUUCUGCAUUGAGUGGAGGCAGUGCUGACCUCAGUAGGCCAGGGGACCCGCUCCAGGUCCUGGGAGGUGUUGUUGCAGCAGUCCGUGCCAGUGUGGACAGUGGGGAAGAGCUGGUUUCCUCUGAGGACCUAGUGGAGUGGCUGCGGCCUUUCUGUGCUGAUGACGCCUUGCCCGUGAGGCCCCGCAUUGAUGUGCUGCAGAUCUUGGAACAGUCAUUUCACCUGAAUGAGGAGGAUGGCAAGCUCCUCGUGUUCUUUAGAACAGAAGCCAUUCUCAAAGCCACUUGGCCCCAGAGACAGGUGGACAUAACUGAUGUUGAGAAUGAAGAGAACCGCUACUGUCUCUUCAUCGAACUCCUGGAAUCAAGUCACCAAGAGGUUGAAUUUCAGCACUUGGUUUUGCUCUUGCAAGCUUGGCCACCUAUGAAAUGUGAACAUGUAACCAGCACAACUCAUAACCCGUGGGUGAGACUAGCUACAGUGAUGCUAACCAGGUGUACAAUGGAGAACAAGGAAGGACUGGGGAAUGAAGUUUUGAAAAUCUGUCGCUCUUUGUAUAAUACCAAGCAGAUGCUCCCUGCAGAGUGUGUGAAGGAGCUGUGCUCGCUGCUGCUUAGCCAGGCCCUUCUGCUCCCAUCCCUGAAACUCCUCCUCGAGAGCCAAGACGAGAAUCUUCACGCUGUGGCACUGGAGCAAAUCACCGCUAUUGCUGAGGUGAAUGAUUCAAACUGUGACCAAGAACUUCUUUCCCUGCUCCUGGAUGCCAAGUUGUUGGUGAAGUGUAUCGCCACUCCCUUCUAUCCGCAUGUCAUUGAGCACCUCUUGGCCAGCCCCCAGCAAGGGCGCUGGGAUGCGGAGCAGCUGGCCAGACACCUGCGGGAGGCCGGCCAUGAGGCCGAAGCUGGGUCGCUCCUUCUGGCCGUGAGGGGCACUCAUCGGGCCUUGAGAACGUUCCGCACAGCCCUCAGCGCGGGACAACACUGGGUCUGAGCAACCUGCCCACGGCCCACAUGCAGCCACCAGUUUCUCAGCUUCCUGGUGGAGAAGAGCAUCCAGAGCUGAAUGCUGUUCCAGAAGCAAAAUGUGUACCAGCUGCUGGUUCUCAGUGGUUCCAACGAAUUGCAAAUAAAGCUGUGUGUAAAUGA